ACAUGUUAAUCAGAGCCCCAUCUCUUCCCAUCUACUGAGAUCCCAUCUACACGAGCCUAGCCAUGUCUUCCUCCUCCUCCUCCGGCGCUUCCCAGCCUACCCUCAAUGGGCAGGUCACCGAGAAGCUAACACGCACGAACUAUGUGCUCUGGCGCACGCAGGUCACUCCCCAUCUGCGCGGCGCCGGUGUCUUCGGCUACAUCGACGGCACCACAUCGGAGCCGGCCAGGCUUCCUGUCACCAAGGACAAGGAUGGCAAAGAAAGCGCUGAGCCCAACACUCUCCACCCAAUCUGGGUCUGGGAGGAUCAACAGGUGUUGGGCUACUUGCUCAGCACCCUCUCCAAGGAGGUACUCAUCGCGGUGACCACGGUCACCACAGCGCACGCGCUCUGGACAGCAUUGGCAGGUAUGUUUUCCUCGCAGUCCAUGAGCCGUGUGAACAACAUCAGGACGGCGCUCAUCAACGCGCAGAAGGGCAAGCAGACGGUUGUCGCCUACUUCGCCUCUCUCCGUGGCCUCACCGACGAGCUUGCCGCUGCGGGGAAGGCCAUCCAAGACGACGAGCUCAUCUCCUACAUCAUCCACGGCCUCGACGUCGACUACCAGCCCCUCGUUCUGCCCUCGACGCACGCGUCACGCCGGUCUCCCUCGACGAGCUCUACGCCAUGCUCAGCAACUUCGACCAGCGCAUGGCCCAGUUCAAUCACUCGGGCGGCGGUGGCUUCCGCUCCUCUGCCAACGCCGCGGUGCGUGUCCGUGGUGGUGGAUCACGUGGACGUGGCUCCUCUCGCGCCAAGGGGCGAUCUGGAGGACACGGUGGUGGCAGCAACAGCGGCGGCGGCAACGACCGCUCUGGUGCAUCCCACAGUCGUCGUGGCGGCGGUCCAACUCGGGCCCGACCAGAGAUGCCUCGCUGCCAAAUUUGUGGUAAGCCAGUGCACACCGCGAAGGAUUGCUGGUACCAUUAUGAUGAAGAUGACGAUGACUCCCAAGAUGAAGAAAAGGUGGCUGCCGCAGCUGAUGGAUCCUACGGCAUCGACACAAAUUGGUACGUUGAUAGCAGCGCCACCAAUCAGAUCACCAAUGAGCUUGAGAAGGUCACGAUGAAAGAAAAGUACCGUGGCAAAGAUUACAUCCACACGGCAAGUGGAGAAGGCCACGAAGAAGGUUCUCUAUCGAGGUAGAUGUGUUCGAGGGCUUUACCUGUUGAUCCCGGAGCUUAGGAGACUCAAUAAACAAGUCAAUGGUGUUGUCAAAGUCUCGUCAACACGGUGGCACGAUCUAUUAGGGCAUGAUGCUUUUUCUUUAGUUGAAAGAUUGCUUAGGACAAAUAAACUCCCAUUUGUUGGUGAGCGAAAUGUUGAAACUAUUUGUGAUUCCUGUCA